AUGAGUGGCUAUCCGCCACCGAACACGGCUCCCACCGUCUUCAAGGUACGAUGCCAAAGCACGCGCCCUGGGGAAGCGGUCUUCGUGAUCGGGUCCCACGACGCCCUGGGCUCGUGGUCCACGGCCAUGGCUCUGCCCCUCACCACGACCUCGGAGUUGUUCCCCACCUGGAAGUCCGCCUCUGUGCCGCUGCCCGCCGGGCAGAUGGUGGAAUACAAGUUCGUGAUUCAGCGAGAAGAUCGCCAGGGCAAUCCGCAGUGGCAAUCCUUCCAGGGCAACUACCGGGUGACGCCAGAGGCUGGCAAGGUCAUCGAAGCCUUGUCCUCCUGGGAGAAGGCCACGGUGGAGAUCACCAGCUCGGAAGACUUGGGUGAGAAGAAGCCGCUGAGGCCGCGAUCCCUCACGAACCAGGAAAAGGCUGCGGCAUCUGCAGCGGCCAAGCACGAGAAGGAGGAGAUCUUGCUGAAGAUGGCGGAGAGUUCCGUGGACAAGGCCCAAGCUGAGGUCACCUCCGAGUGCCCGCUGGCGGUGACCUUGCAGGAUCGGCCUAUGAGCAGAAGGAACUUCUCCCAGAGCUUGUUCCUGGAUGAUGAGAACGUAGGUGAGGCAGAGGGCGACGGCAAAACGCCGAAGGCCGCGGACGCCAAAACGCCGAAGGCCGCGGACGCCAAAACGCCCAAAGCCGCGGACGACAAAACGCCCAAGGCGGAGUCCAAAACGCCCAAGUCGGCAGAAGCCUCCGGAGAUGUCGUCAUCUCACAGAUCCCCAUGGAUGAGGCGGAAGUGCCCUUGCAAGACGAGGAUGAGUCCCCCUCGCGGAGAGGCGUGUCCCUGAAGCACGUCUCGAGCUUCGCGGCCUUGGCCGAGGAGACGCCUCCCGAGGUCAAAGCGGAGCACCGCAAGGGGAAGAAGGUGGCGCAGUCCCACUACGACGCCUUCAACAUCAACGUCCCGGUGAUCGUGGUCACCAGCGAAGUGGCACCCUUCUCAAAGACAGGGGGUCUUGGCAUGGUGGCGGCCUCCUACGCCUUCGAAUUCGCCAGGAACGGUCAUCGCACCAUGGUGAUUGCGCCGAAGUACAAGCACUAUGAUGGCCUGAGCUACCUCGGGGAGACGCGUGUUCGCGUGGACGACCGUGAGGAGCUGGUGAAGUACUUCUACCUCCGGAAGGAUUAUGGCGGUGGCCAGGGCACAGACUUCCUCUUUGUGGACGGCCCCGGCAUUGAAAGGGACGGGGGCCUCUACAACGACAACGACGGCCGCGAAUACCCCGACAACCUCCGGCGAUUCACGUUGCUGUCCCUGGCGGCGAUGGAGGCACCACUCAUCUUGGACAUCAACGGUCAGGGCAGAUAUGGGGACAAAGUGACCUUCUUAGCCAACGACUGGCAAGCGGGGCUGGUGCCCCUCUACAUGUGCUACAAGUACCGCAAGAACGAUGUCUACUCCCAGGCGCGGGUUAUCUACGUGAUCCACAACUUGGGGUACCAGGGCAUGUACCACGGCUACAACGCCUGCAAGUUCUUCGGCAUCGACCAGAAGGCUGCCUCGGAUCUGGGGCUCGGGGACUGCGUGAACCUGAGCAAGGGCGCGCUGAUCUGCACGGACCGGGUCAUCACGGUGAGCCCCAACUACGCGCGGGAGAUCCAGACGCCCUCCGGCGGCUUCAGCUUGCAGGAUUUCGUGUCCGCCAAGGCGGCGUCUUUGCGUUUAGCCGGGAUCCUCAACGGCAUCGACGACUGCUGGGACCCCAUGGAGGACAAGGACAUCGCAGAGAACUUCUCAGUGGAGAACUUUGAGCAGGGCAAGGCGGCGAACAAGGCCUAUAUGCAGAAGUUGCUGGGCCUCGAGGAGAACCCAGACCUCUGCGUCAUCGGCUUCGUGGGUCGUUUGACCUGGCAGAAGGGUGUGGAUGUGAUGGCCAGCGUUAUCUCCUGGCUGAUGACGGACACAGGCAAUGGCGUGACCGGGAAUGUGCAGCUCAUUUUGAUGGGCCAAGGGGACAAGCAGUACUCGGACACCUUGCGCUGGGCCGAGGGCAGUUUCAAGGGCCGGGUCUGCGGAUAUGUCGGCUUCGACCCCAAGGUUGAGCACCAGAUGAUGGCUGGCUGCGAUCUGCUGCUGAUGCCAAGCCGGUACGAGCCUUGCGGGUUGCCUCAGAUGUACUCCCAGAUGUAUGGGUGCUUGCCAGUGGUCCAUGCCACCGGUGGACUGGUGGACUCAGUGAAGGACAUCUCCUGCGGCAUCCAGGCUGCCACGGGCUUCCUGAUUAACCCCCUGAGCGGCAACAAGCUCAAGGAGGUCUUGUUCCAGGCCACCGAGCUGUAUCUCAAGCGCAAGGAGGACUUCCACACCAUGCAGCGCAGCGCCAUGAUGAGCGACUACUACUGGCCCAAGGCCAUGGAUGAGUACGAGCAGCAGAUUGACAUCGUGCUCUACGUGCAGCUGCCUCAGGAGAGCCCCCUGCAGGCGGCCUCAGAGCUUCAUGCUGCCGCGCCCAACACCCGGAGCCGCGGUCGGGACCCGCGGGACCAGAUCGAGGAGCUCGAGGAUGCCAACUUCAAGCUUACCCGGGCCACGGAUCGUGUGGAGCGGAGACUGGCCGAGCUGGAGCGUCAAAUCGCCACCACCGAUGAGCGGACUGAAAGGACCGUUGGCAUCGCACGGCGGGAGAUGAUGGCCUUCCUUGAGAAGUCGGUCCAGGAAGUCAACCAGAGAUGUGAUGCAUUGAAGCAGGACGAUGCUGACAUCCUCAAAGAGUUGGACGUGGUCAGGCAGCAUAGCAAGUCAGUGGAGCAGAAGGACUUGAAGCACCACAAGGAUCUCUUGGCACAGCUGGACGCCUUUGCCAGACGAGUGGAUGAGCAGUACGACGAGACCAUCGAUUCUUUGGACAAGCUGAAAGAAGAGGAUUCGCGGCUGGACUCCGAGGCGCAGAUGACGCGGGAGGAGCACCGCAAGCAGCUGGAGCAGCAGCUCGCGGAGCUGCAACGACUCGAGGAGGACAAGGUCAGCAUUGCUCUUUGGCAGUCCGAAGGAGAUGCCAUGCUCGGCCGCAUCACGCAGGAUGUGGAGAAGCUGCAGAAGGCUUUGGAUCAGGAAAUGGCCGAUGUGCACAGCCGACUCAAAACUGAGUCAGACUCUACAGCGCAGAAAUUCAGCAAGGAGCAGUCCGAGAGAGAGGCCAGCGACCAGGAGCUUCACAGGAUUCUCGCCGAGACUACCCAGCGUGUGGAUGCUGAACAUUCCCAGCUCGCGGCAGAUACGCAGGCUAGCUUCAAAGCGGCGUCAGCGGCUUUGGAGGAAGCUCGCCAGAUGCUGACAGAGUCCAUCGACAGUCAGGUCUCGAAUCUCGCCAGCCAGACAGAGAGACACUUCGACCAGCUGGAACACACUGUCGAGCACAAGGAUGAAAAGCUUCACAAGCGCGUGGAUGAGCUCACCGGCAAGAGCGAGGCCACAUUCCAAAGCAUCGCCGAACGACUGGAAGCGAUGGUGCAAGAGGAGCGGGCAAGGCUCGGGCAGCUGAACCAAGAGCUCUCAGAGAACAUGGUCAAGGCCCGUGCGGACAUGUACUCCGCCAUCGAGCGGGUCCGAAGUGACUACGAGCAAGAUGCCGCAAGACUGGACUCGGACCUUUCGGAUCUGCACAUGAAGUAUGAUGUCACCAAGCAAGAGAUCAACUUCUUCCAGUCCAAGCUGAAGGACCAGCGGGAGUGGACGGAGCGGUGCCUGGCGGAGAGCUCCACCGCCACCCGCGCCGCGGCUCUGGACUCCCAGGAAGGCUUGGCUGCCACCACCAAGAUGUUGCACGCACUUCGCGACGACGCUGUCAGCUUCCGAGAGAAGAUGGCCAAGUACAUCAGCAUCUUGCAGCACUCGUCUGACCAGCAAGGUGAGGCCAUCAACUCAUUGGAGAUCAACCGCACCCGCAUGCGGGCAGAGUUGGAUGCCUUGGUCACCGACCACAAGGCGUACACCACUGACAUGGACGACUGGGCUGAUGACGUGCGUGUGAAGGUGGAGCGCAUCUUCCGCGCCCUGGAGCCCACGAAGGUGGAAUGGCGCAUAGAGAAAGCGAUGCAGAAGUCGAAGGAGCUGCGGAAGCCUCUGGCGGUGAAGUCUCCCACCUUCGGGGUGAGAGGCAUUCGAGAGGGCCACUUGGAGUUCUUUCCGGAUGGCCACAACAACUCGCCGGAUGGAAAGGCAUGCCUGCGCCUCUUCGUCCCACCUCAGGCGCACAUCCGCUACCAGUGCUGGAUCGGGAAAAGCUCCGAGGGCCCCCGGGAGCGCUUUCCGGGGGACACCAUGUCCGUUGAUAUGUUCCUCUCCGACUGGGAGGAGCAAAUCAGCGACGACGGCGCUGUGCCAGUUGUCCUUGAGAUUCUGCGGGAUUUCAACAACGAUGAUGCGUCUCUAUCUAGAGAGAUCCGCAUCAACAGUGCAUGA